AAGAGGAGAGGAUAUGGAGGAAGAGGGGGGCUGACCCGAGGGCCACCGUCCACGUCCUUUCUCGUAGAUCGUUACACACAGGACAGCAGAAUCGUGGAUCGGUCUCGGAAGCCGGGGGAGAUAAAAUCGGUAUAUUCGCGAGUUGUUUAAUCGACAUGGUUUAACCAGUCGCGGGGUGUGGUGUUGAGGGAGAGGAUCUUCGAGUGCAUUCAUGCGAGUGAUGUUGUCAUGGGCGCGCUCCGCUAUAAAGGCGGGACUCGCGACUCUUCUCAUAAAUCCUUACUUCGGGUGGUUUGCUUGCUGCGAGACAGCGGCGUUCGCUUCUCGUCUCCGGGGCGCUUGUUAACGCGGUGUGUGUAAAAUUCACUAGAUUGACGACCUCAGCUUUGCGAGUGUGUUGUGUGCCUGAGAUCCCCGAGACUGAGCGCGGGAUCUCGUUCUUGUGUGUGGAAGAGCGAAUGCUGAUGCACGACGACGUCCACGUGACUCUCUUCUCCUCCAAUUCGCAGGAACCUGUCGAAUUCCCCUGCGGGCCUUUUCAUUGACGACGUGACCUGCCAUGUGCGUUGCGGGUUUCGGGAUUUUUUGAAAGUUUCCUCGCGGCAUUAGUUGCUGUGUUCCAGUAUGGUGGGAUUCGGGAAGAAAUUGCGGGAGCGGCAAAUUCCAGAAUGGGAGCAAUACUACAUUUCGUACAAGAUGAUGAAGAAAAAGUUGAAGGAUUAUGCCAUACAAGCCAGCAUUAGUAAAGAUGAGCGUCAACGAGUGCUUAAAGAGUUCUCUUUAAUGCUUGAUCGCCAGGUGGAGAAGACGGUCUUAUUUUUGCUGGACCAACAAGGGAGGCUUGCUCAACGACUUGCAAACCUGGCAAAUGAUAGGAUCGCUAUCGAAGAUCAGGAGGAUGAUGGAGACCAGACCGACGAGCUUACAAAUGAAUAUCGUGCUGUCGGAAAGGACUUGCUGAAGUUGCUACAUUUCGUGGAAGUGAAUGCCACAGGUUUGAGAAAGAUCCUUAAAAAGUUUGACAAGCGUGUCGGAUACAGACUAACAGAUGAUUAUGUCGCAUCACGUUCAAAUCAUCCUUACUCACAACUGCAACAAGUCUUCAAGCACGUUGGCAUAGGGGCAAUGGUGGCCACUUUGAGUCGUAAUUUAGCGGAGCUUCAAAGUACCAAAAGCAUGUGUAUAUAUGAGCUGCCCUCAACCCCCUCAUUCUAUUCUCAGGAGCCAGUGAUCAAAGCAAUCAAAGCAGCAGAAGAUAGACUCACAAAUUCGACCAAUUUUCUACGUUUCUUAGGGCAAGCUGCUCUGUUGCCGCGUGAAGAUCUUCCUAGAGUUAUAUCUGCAGACGAUUUGCAGGAAGGAGAAGAACCAUACGACUUUUUAUCUUUGGCACUCAACCUUGGGAACACCUUUUUAUACAUGGUCAACACCUAUAUUAUAGUACCAACAGCCGAUAAAUACACCGUAGAUCUUCAUGUUGCUCCAACAGUAUGUGGAGUUGUCAUUGGGUCGAUGGCUGUCGCUCAGCUUGUUUCAUCAGUGUACUUCAGUGCUUGGUCGAAUAGUUCAUACUACCAGCCCCUAGUUUUCAGCAGCGUAAUGCUACUGCUGGGAAACAUUUGCUAUGCUGUUGCGUAUGACUAUCGAUCUAUCAGUCUCUUAAUCAUCGGCCGGCUUCUCUGUGGGUUUGGGUCAGCAAGAGCUGUCAAUCGUCGCUACAUCAGCGAUUGUGUGCCACUGAAGAUGAGACUGCAAGCUUCGGCAGCGUUUGUUAGUGCGAGCGCCUUAGGAAUGGCAGCCGGGCCUGGUAUGGCAGGGCUUUUAACCUACGACACAACUAUUCUCGGCUAUACCAUCAAUGACAACACGCUUCCAGGAUGGGUCAUGGCAAUUGGCUGGUUGUUAUAUCUAGUGUUGUUAUGUGUGGGCUUCAAAGAGCCGAAACGCAGCUACAAUUCUCCGAAGAAGAAAUCCAAAUCUAAACCUUCUCCAGAUCCUUCCAUUAGAACUAGUCAAAGAUCAGGAUCUGCAGCAGAAGAUGGGUUGUUGGAUCCUCUCAUUCUAGCAGUGUCAGUCUCAGAUUCAGCUCUAAGCAAUAAGGAUAGUGAAAGCGACGAUGAGAGGUCAGAUGAGCCGGCGUCAUCUAUCGGUGAAGCGUAUAGAUUGCUGACAGCUCCUGUGAAGGUCCAGCUGCUGAUUUACUUCAUGCUGAAAUUUUCCAUGGAGAUUUUGCUUUCUGAGUCUAGUGUUGUCACCGCCUACUACUUCGACUGGGGAAUUCACCACGUUUCCUUGUUUUUGGGUCUUCUUGGACUCACCGUACUACCAAUAAACUAUGUGGUCGGAAGCUACUUCAGCAACAUUUUUGAGGACAGACAAAUACUACUAUUCUCGGAGAUCGCCACCUGCGUCGGAAUUGUAAUCAGCUUCAGUUAUACUGGCAUACGAUAUACUAUGACUCAGUAUGUCAGUGGAGCUCUGCUGAUUUUUGUAUCUGCUGAAGUUCUCGAAGGUGUCAACCUUUCAUUGCUGUCGAAGGUGAUGUCUUCGAGGUUGGCUAGAGGGACUUUCAACGGUGGUUUGCUGUCGACAGAAGCAGGAACUCUUGCACGAGUGGUGGCCGAUGUUUCGAUUACCCUAGCUGGCUAUCUCGGCAGCCAAUGGUUACUGAACGCGACCUUGCUUCCAACACUUGUCGUAGGGCUAGUGUCGAUAGCAGCCACUCUAGCCACAUAUAAUUCUAUGUUUUGAGGUUUUGUUCUGUUGUUAAGUGUAAAGUAAUUUUUUCAACACACAAGUUGACUAGAAAGGAAAUAAAAUUUCAAGAAGGUUAAAACGUAGAUCAGUUAGAACUCAGUCAAUAAAAUUCGCAAGUGAGUUAGACAUCAAUGACACGACGCCUUCUUCGUCUACAACGCUAUACACGAAUGUUGUUAGGAUAGUUGUGGACACAGAGGUUAAAGAGUAUAUGCCUCGUACACUCAAUAGUCUCAAAAUUUUGUCAUUUUUCAGCCCGGAUAUGUACUUGAGUCCUUCGGAAAUACCAAAAGCCUUUCUGG